GAACCACGCGUCCAGCUCCCCCUCGCCUCGCUCCAGCUCACCUCAGCUCUCCGCCCAGCGCCCUCGAGCCUCACCUCCCCCUCAGCCGGUCAGCCCUCUUCCCUCUUCCUACCACCACCACCUCUCCCCAAAUCCCACCAGAUUCGCCUCGACGCCCCCACCUCCCUCCCUCACCUUGAUGCCACGCCCCCUCCCAUGGCGCCACGCCCGCGCCCGCGCCCCUCGGCACCCGCCCGAGCCGCGACCCUGACCCUCCUCCUCCUCCUCGCUUCCGCCUCCCUCUCCUCCUCCUCCUCCGCCGCCGCCGCAGGUGUCCCCACGCCCCUGUCCGCGGUCCCCGCCACGCAGCGGCAGGUCGCGUCCACCUCCGACCCCCCGGCCUCCCCUCCCCCUCCGGCUCGGCGGCACCGGCACCGGAGGCACCGUCCGCCGCCCCCGCCGCCCAGGCGGCGGCGGCUCAACUUCGGCGAGCGGCUCGGGAUCGCCUUCGCCGGCGUGGCCGUCGCAAUGCAGGUCUUCCUCGGCGCCUUCCUGGCGCUGCGCGCGUGGCAGCUGCGGCGGCUCGACAGGGCCGAGGUGUCCUCCUCCACGCCCCUCACCUGACGGCCACCAUUUCCCCCCGCCUCCGCCCGCGCCAAUCGAAGCUCGAGCUCGUCCGGGUGUCAGGUCCGUGACUUAUUUGUGAUCUGAUCUGAUGCCGCCGCCGCCGCCGCUGCUGUAAAGGGAUCCCGGGGUGCAGUAGCUGCCGCAUGUCCAUGUCGGACGCCAUUCUUUUCGUUCUCUGUUGUACUACUACCGUGUACAAUAUGCUGCUCCUGCUCCGUGCAGGCUCUAGUUGAGAGGCUGUGUGAUAUGAGAGUUGUGCUCCUGCUUUGAUUGUUGCCGUCCCUUACCUGAUCUAGAUGGUUAGCUGCUGCUGCUGCUUCUGUGCUGUUCCAGUGUUAGAAUUGCAUACUUAAGGCUUGGUGGCUAAAUGGGCUCCGGUGUACUCAUGUACAAAGCGAUUUGUUCCAAUUAUUGCUGGUACGAUAUAAACUAACCUGUCAGUUGCA